UAAAAAUAAAGCAGUAGAAGGUUGUGGGAAGAGACCGUAAUGUAUUCUCAAAUAGCAAUGCUGUUUUAAUAUCUAACUGUAUUUUCAAAGGGCAUUUCCAAACUAGUACAGGAGCAGGGAAGAAUCCUCAAAUCCUCUUCUUUCAAAUAAAGAUUAAGAAUUACUGUUCUAUUUUUACAGGUUAUCUUUUGAAUGAAAGAGCUGAACAGAUUGUUCAUGAAUUCUAGAGGGCACCUAGGUUGAAGCAAUGGAGAGAAUGGAGAGAAUGGUACUAGUAUGCAUUUUAUUUUCAGACUGUAAAAAGACAUUGAUUUCAAGGGAAAAAUUGUUUUCUGAUUGCAGUAAGCAGCAGCAAAUACCAGAGAUAAAACUCUUAUCUGAUUCAUCACCUUCUAAUGACCUAGUUCAUCUGAAACCUUACGGGGGGCCUGCAAGCUGUGAUUACACGUAUCACUUCUUGACAAUAAUCUGGUACUUGUUCAGGUUUCACAGAAUACACAUUUUUGUAUUUUGUUUUACAAGCACUUUUCUUUUGACUUAUUUUGUUGGAGAACAUGCACUGCAAGCCUCCUUCUCAGAGGGUCUUGAAGUUUCUGCUUAUUUGCUGAAUCCAUCUUCUCAUUUAGAAUUUGCUUCACAGGAGCUGUGGAGAUGUCACAUAAGAGCCCUUUGGCCUCCUGGCUUUGUGCUAUGCUCCACUGCUUUGGAAGUUACAUACUUGCUGAUCUGUUACUUGGGGAACCACCGAUUGAUUACUUCAGUAAUAACUCCAGUGUCAUCCUGGCUACAGCGGUCUGGUAUUUGAUAUUCUUCUGUCCCAUGAACCUCUUCUACAAGUGUGUUAGCUUUCUGCCUCUGAAGCUCAUCUUUGUGGCAAUGAAGGAAGUGGUCAGAGUUCGUAAAAUUGCAGCUGGGGUCCACCACGCUCAUCACCGUUACCACCACGGGUGGUUCGUUAUGAUGGCUACUGGAUGGGUCAAAGGUUCUGGUGUUGCCUUGAUGUCUAACUUUGAGCAACUGCUACGUGGGGUCUGGAAGCCAGAAACAAACGAAAUUCUUCAUAUGUCCUUCCCUACAAAGGCUAGUCUGUAUGGCACAGUCCUCUUCACGCUGCAACAAACUCACUGGCUCCCCAUCUCUGAAGCCAACCUCAUCUUCUUUUUCACCAUGUUCAUGAUAGUUUGCAAGGUUUUCAUGAUGGCAACUCACUCUCACGCCUCACCUUUUGCUCCAGUGGAAAACUUCAUCUGCCCAGUUUUCUUUGGCUCAGUUUCCAGUGGACACAGUAGUCAUCAUGAUCAGCAUGGGGCCUCCCAUGAGGUUUCCCAUCCUCCGCCUCCUCCUGCAAAGUCAAAAGAGGAGCUAAAUGAAGGCACAAGGAAACGGAAAGCAAAAAAAGCCGAAUAAAAAAACAACCACACAGUAAAUAGGCCAAGAAAAUUCUUCCAGAGCUGAGUCUCAGAGCCACCUGUGACCUCCUUUAUCUUCCAGUCUUUCUCAGACUCCAGAGGAGAGGUGGAAGCCAGGACACUGCCACGCGGGUCCCUGAAUUUCAUUUGUGCUCUCUGUGCUGCUGCUUGCUUCUUGGUCUCUGUCUCUCUAUUCUGAUCAUAUUUUCAGGGAUUUGUAGAUCUGUGCCAGGAUGGUAAGUGGGUGCUAGCUCCUAAGCUGUCAGCAGUUAUGAUGCAGCAUUUUCAAUUGAUAUAAAAUCUUUCACUGGGUUUAUUUAUGAAUGGAGGUAAUGGUUUGUGCUCCUGCACCUCAUAAGUUCCUUUGAGUUUUCACUGACCUUUUUGAUGUCUACCAAAACAACAAACUGCUAAGACACAAUCAAUGUGGAAAUUGGAUUUCGUACUCAAGGAAAUUAAAUGGUCUUAUACGAGCCUGAUCUAAUUUUUCCGAGCUCCCACAUCUGCCAUAUCUCCAAUUAAUGUGACAUUUUAUAUGCAAUAAGGACAUCGACUGGUGUCCUAGCCAAACUCCUUUUCUCUCACUUAAGCUCCCUCUGAUUCUUCAUGGAUAGAACACUGUCCCUUUCUUAACUAAGCCUGUGUUUGCAAGAGCUUUGAAGCUGUGAAAUGCUCCGAGUGCUAUGUAUUGGUAUUGUUAUUAUGCCAAACUGUGGUGUAGCCUCGCUGCACACUGUUAGUAAUAGUGUGUCCCACCUCAAGCCUGAUCACAUUUAACUAGGGAAGAAGCAUGGUUCUGGUUUGUUUGUAAUCCUGUGGGAUACAAGAAGGGUGUGUGAGUGUAAAUAAGUAUUUAUUACUAUUUAUUUAUAAUUGCCAGGGCAUCUAGUUCAUGGACCUGAAACUGGCUUUUUAAAAAUGUUGCAUCUUUAUAUUGAGAAUUGGAUACUUCUAAGUAUGGUCCUAAGCCCACAGCUACGUGCUGGUUUGUGCUUGAAGCAGUGAUUUUGGUGUGCUGAAGGACAGCCUGAACACUCACUGGGUGCAAGAAGGAACAUUUCCUGUGUUUUUAAAUUAAGGUAUAAAGGCUGAAGAAGUGGGUUUCCCACCAGCUGAUUAAAACUACUUUAAGGACUGAUAAAAUCACAUCAGCUGAAGAUACUGAUUAUCCUGCGUAGGUCCCUUUCAGCCAAACUACUGCUCUGUGAAAGCAGCUUGUGCCCAGCGUGUGAAGGUGAAAUGCCUCGCAUGGCUCAGGGAGGAGUCUGUCAGCUUGUUUAUGUUCUGCUUAGUGAAUACCAGCUUUUAGACUAGUUUUAAGCUGUUCUUAUAACUGAUUUUCUUCUUGGAAGUGUCGUUAUCCAGGGGCUGGGAUCACUGCAGUGGAAGUGGGAUGCACGGGGACGUAGCACUGGGCUUUCUGUUAAGCAGCACAUUGCCAGCCCCAGCAAUAAGGUUUGCUGCUGUCAUCUUGCAACUGGGAAUAUAAACAGGAGGAUUUAAGAAAAGUGGGGGGGUCAUUGGGGUUUUUUUUUGGUGUCCCUGUUCAAAAUUGAAAUUGACGGUUAAUUAAAAAUGAAAAAAAAUAUUCUUGUAUACAACCAGAUGAAGGGCCUGACAAAAGGUCAAAUGAUUUGCGGGCUUGGGUUUUGACAGUGCCUUAAUUUUGUGAGUUUCCCUUCCCUCCAGUAGAAAACCAGAAUUCUACCUGACACCUCCACUGUCUGGUUUUGCAGAUACUGGUCUACUGAAACUUGAUGUAUUCCCUAGCAUGCACAAGACUAUAAAUGUUUUAUGAGAUGUAUGAUUCAAGGGAAUUUUGUUUUAUAAAAGCCGCCAACAAAUAAAAAUUGUGAAGUGA